CAUAACACAUGCGGGUUUUUUAUCAGGGUUCAGCGAACGGAUCCCGUAGCUAAACGUUUAUAUCUAUGUAAAAAUGUGUACGUAAUAUAGAUACGAGGAAAAAAGAUUAUUAAAAUGUAAUACGCGCGUCUAUCUGUAAGACUUUGAAAAAUUAAUUAAUAAUUAAUAUUCAAUUACGAUUCUGCGGUGCAUAGAUAUUUGUUUACAUACAUAUAUAAGACAUACAUAAGACCAUCGGUGUUAGCCACUUUUUUUUCUUUUUUUUUUUUUUUACUCGAAAGAGAUAUGAUUUGUUUCGUGUUCGUCAGACCGGGUACCGCGGUUUCGGAGUCGUUUCCCUGUGACAUUAUGACAAAAUGGUAACAACCAGAGGAGUAGGCUCAGCGAAAAAACCAUCAUCGUCGUCGUCACCAUCAACGUCACAGUCGUCAUCGUCUGCAAUGCUUUGUUGCGCACGGAAGAAGGGUCGUGAUCGAACUCAAGACUUGUCGACAACAUCUAGACAUGGACAACAGCCAUUACCAACUGGAACAAAAACUAAAGAUGCACUGCCAGUUGUGUUACAAAGCGAUUUUAGAAAAUUGAGUGGAAUCAGUAAAGAAGAUUUCCGAUUGAUAGAUACCAUUGAAAACGAUUAUGAUGCAACUACAGCAGCAGCACUCGACGCUGUUCAACGUAGAGGUGAAAUGGUUGUCCGAAUAUUGGACCCAAGAAUUCAUCUCACUAAAACUGCUACUGAUGCGGCUAAAAAAUUUCUCAUGCUUCAAGAUUCCAAUCAUAUAGUAAAUCUUGUUGAGAUAAUAAAGAGACCUGGACAAACCUUAGGAUUGUAUAUUCGAGAAGGGAACGGUAUUAAUCGCCAUGAUGGCCUAUUUAUUUCUAGACUAGCUCUCGAGUCGGCAGUAUAUAACAGUGGAUGUAUACAGGUUGGCGACGAAGUGUUGGCAGUUAACUUAGUGGACGUUACUCGUAAAGCUGUAGACGAGGUUGUGAUCAUUAUGUCAAUACCCAGAAGACUUGUGUUAGCUUUGAGGCAAACAAGAGGAAUUCAUCGAAAUACUGCCAAUGCAUCGUUAGCUUCUGCAAUGCCUAGUCAUCAACCUCCGGUCGUAGUAAUCAAAAAGGAUAUCAGUAGAGAAUCAGAUGAUCAACACGAUGACGAUGAUGAUGACUUGCAUAUGAAAUCAUAUAUGACUACGGGGCGAGUAAAUCAAAGAAAUAAAGAAAAUAUACAUGAACAACGUCAAAGAGAAUCUAGAGGGCGAUCACAAUCUCAACUUGCAUUAGAUUCAAAUGGUGAUGUUUCAGGAGAUUUAUUUUACAACUCAAGACCACCUGAAUCUAGAAGACAAGCGUCUACUUUGGAUCGACGUAAUAAUUGGUCAUAUCAACCUCCUCACCCCCCAGUUUCCAAUGAAUCAUCAAAACCACAACACUUUCAACCAUUCGACAAAGCAUAUCCUAAAACUUUAGAAUCGUUGGCCGAAAAAGUACAUCCAUUUUGUCCGGGUGGUCAGUCUUCAUCCGGCAGAAGAAUGUCGGCGACAACUACACAACAACAAUAUCGUCGUAAUAAUAUCCCUAGAUCUGGUUCGGACCAAUAUCUACCUAGAUCUGAAUAUGAUUAUGGAAGCAGACCCUAUCGACAAUCGCAAACACUGAUGAGAUCUGGUCUUAGAAGUAGCACUGGUGCUGGAUCCAGUACACGCUUAGUUUCACAAUACUCUCAAGGUUCUUCUAGAACCUUACCAAGACAUUUAGAUUACGCAUCAGAUACGGAAGCAACGAAAGUAACUUCUACUUCCCCUUACUACUAUAGAGGGUCUUCACAGAUAUCAGGAGUUUCAAAUUUAUCACGAUUAGGAAGUGCUACGAUAUCUAGGAGUAACUCUUUAAGGUCUAAUUCACUGCCAAGAGACAUACGUACACCACGAACCCCACUUUCUUCUCUUAAUACAAGCUUGAGAGGUAGUUUAAGGCGGUAUAACACACAAGAUAAUCCGAAGACAUCGUCUUCGGUAUUAAGUGAUCACGAAGACAGUGAUGGUAAUCUUAGUGCUCCUGAAUUUCAAAUGCGUCGCAAAAAUCGAUUAGUCAGCUCCCCGAGUGUAUUUACAGCUGAUGAAUAUAGAGCAUGGAUGAGCAGAGCACCGUCCACAAGUGCUAUAUAUGAUCGUAUACGUAACGUUUGUGAUCCAUCACUAAAACAACAAAAAGUACAAAGAUUCACAUUUAGCGCUGAAAACUUACCAGAAAGAACUAGACAUUCAGAGUUGAUGAGCUAUUCAGGUACUAAUGCAGAUCUAAGACCAUUUAGAGGUCUUGGAUCGCCAGCAUUACCAUCAGCUACUACAUCAACAUUAGACAGACAUACCAGAACAUCUUCUUUAAGAAGAAUUCGACAUCUAUUAGAACUCGAAGCAAAACAUUUAGGUCGGCGCAGUCCGUCGACAACUUCAGACUUACAAGCCGAUAGAGCUAGAGUAUUGGAAAUUAAUCCAGCUGAGUUUUUAAAAUACAAAUUUGAAAAGUCUACCGUUGACAAUGCUCCACCUAUUAGUGGCUUAUUAUGGGUGCAUCUAUUAGCUGGUAGAGGCCUCAGAGCAGCUUCCACCACUGUUUUAUCUGGCCAGUCGACAAAUGUUAUGGCACCAGCUGGAAGCUCAAGAGACUUAUACUGCGUCUUAGAAUGUGAUCGUGUACACAAAGCUAGAACUGUAGUGCGUACUGGAGAUCUUGUUUUUGACUGGGAUGAAACAUUCGAAUUGGACUUACUGUCAAAUAAAGAAUUAGACUUUUUAAUAUACUCAUGGGACCAACAAUACAGACACAAGCUCUGUUACAAAGGAUCUGUACAUUUGGCGUCUUUAGUUAGAGAUAGUCCUGUACAUCAAUUAGCAUUAAAAAUUGAACCUCGAGGAACAUUAUAUUUACGGUUAAGACACACCGAUCCUUAUCAAACUUUCAUAAGAAAAACUAUAAGAACUUCAACCACUCUACCACCAAGAACCAAAACUGCAGGCCUUUUUGGUAUUGAUCUCGAGUCGGUGGUUACUCGGGAAAGCGGCACAAUCUCUAGUUCCUUAUCUUCAUUAGCACAAGCACCAGCAACAGCGUCUGUACCAGUAAUUGUUCGAAGGUGUAUUGAAGAAGUUGAACGAAGGGGCUUAGACAUUAUUGGCCUUUAUCGGCUGUGUGGAUCUGCUUCUAAAAAACGGAUUCUUCGAGAAGCUUUUGAACGCAAUCCAAGAACGGUGGAUUUAUCGCCAGAUAAUGUUCCUGAUAUUAACGUAAUCACAGGUGUUCUAAAAGACUAUUUAAGAGAACUUCCAGAACCACUUUUCACACGCUGUUUGUACCAAAUGCUUCUCGAUGCUUUAACUGUAUUAUUGCCUGAUGAUCCACAGGCAAAUGCCAAGUUAAUGUUAUCGAUUUUAGAUUGUUUGCCAAAGUUGAAUAGAGCAACUUUGACAUAUAUCAUGGAUCAUCUAGCAUUAGUUGUGUCACAAUCUCCUCGAAAUAAGAUGUCGGCACAAAAUUUAUCCAUAUGCCUAGCUCCAGUGUUAAUGGUACAAAGUGAAAUGAAAGAAAAACCGAUUGAUUUCCAACAGCCCGUGAACGUAUUACGGUAUCUGUUAGAGAUUUGGCCGACGAAAUCAGUUCGGGAGUGUUUGCCGCCCUCGGUCGCCAACGGCGUUACUCGGCCCCCGCCGCUGCCCGCGAAGCCAUCCUGCGUGCCCGGUGUGCCAACAAGGCGCGGCCCCCCGCCCGUCAUAGUGGCGUCACCGACCAGUGACACGGCCACAUCAGACGAGAACGACGGCGACAAUGAUACGUCGGCCAUCGAACCGCCGCAGAUACCGGCCAGAUCUAACGCGCACCGGCUGACCAAGGUGGCGGCGCCGGAUCCGCCGGAGGACAACGCGGCAGAGACGCCGAGCUCAUCCACGGGCACGGAAGACUCGCAGCGUGACGUGGCUGAGCGCGCCGCGGAAGCGGAUGAGGAGAGCUGCGGCGAGGAGCAACUACAAAACGAACGGAGACCUCGGGGACUAAUGCAACAGCAGAACGCCUCCGCUACGAUGAAGCACAACACCGUCAACGGCACUACUAUUAACACUAAUACUUCUGCUACUCCUAAUCAGAAUAUAAUUAAUAGUAAUCGCAAUAAUAAUAAUAAUAACGUUUAACCGAUUAAAUCGCGAAGGCGGUGCCCUCAUAUAUGUAUAUAGUAAUGUUAUAUAUAUAUAUAUACGUAUUAGAAAAUAAUGUGUUUGCCAACUUUCUACCAGGUUUCGUACUUAGCUGUGAACUGUCAUGUGGGGAAUGAUCCCGAAAUUUUAGGGGAGCUAAGGUGGAAAUAUUGACUGUUGUUAUUUAUUUUCAUAUUGAGCGAAAAGUUUUUGUCUUCUUUUCUCGUGGUCAUAUUUUCAAGUAGUAACUCUGCAAUAAAAGAACUCGUAGUUU